UGUCACUACAGGACAUCAACAUGAAAAAAGCUUUCAAAAGUUCUACAGUUCAAGAUCAGCAGGUGGUUUCAGAGAACAGCAUUCCUAAUCCUGUUGCUGACAUUUACAACCGGAGUGAUAAACCUCCACCUCUGAACAUCCUGACACCUUACAGAGAUGAUAAGAAGGAUGGGCUGAAGUUCUAUACUGAUCCUUCCUAUUUCUUUGACCUAUGGAAAGAAAAAAUGCUACAGGAUACAGAAGACAAAAGGAAAGAGAAACGGUGUCAAAAGGAGCAAAAGCGUAUAGAUGGCACCACCUGUGAGGUGCAAAAGGUUAGAAAAGACAGAAACAGGUGCCAGGAGUGGAAUAUGAUGGCAUAUGACAAAGAGCUUAGACCCGACAACAGGUUGUCUCAGAGUGUGCACCACGGAGCAUCUUCCGAGGGAUCCCUGUCCCCAGACACUAGUGUUAUAAACAUCGUCAUUGUCUUCGAUGCUCUGAGUGUCUGUGGAAUCGGGAUUGCUCACCAUGAUGUCCACAGAAGAGAGACUGGUAAUGACGGCAUGCACCCGCUGUGCAUAAAUGUCCCUAGUGUUAAACCCAUGGUGGUCAUGCUGAUGGUGRCCCACCACCAGCAGACGGGGAUGCUGGUGAGGCUGGUCAUCUUUCUCCACAGAGUAGAUAAGCACAGAGAAGAUGGAGAUGCUGACAGACAGGAAGAGAAGCAGCAGCCGAACUUCAUGGUAGCUGUGUCUCAGCAUGGCCCCCAGAGACCGAAGUCCUACAGAAUGCUUCUGUCUAAAAUCCUAGAGUAUUACAACCCUUCAGGACCACCUCCUCCUCCACCUCCACCCAUGAUUCCUUCAGCACAAACUGCUUUUGUCAGCCCUCUCCAGAUCCCCAUGCUGCCCCCCUUUCCUGCAUCAGCUGGUUCCACAUAUGCAGCUCCUCCUCAUCCACCCUCAGCUGGGCUCCUCAUCACAGAACCACCGCCUCCAGGUCUACCACCUCCCCCACMAGGCCCUCCUGGCUCCAGGUCUUCUCUUUCAUCCUCCCCAAUGCAUGGCCCUGUGGCUGAGGCAAAGCAUCCUGAGCCUGCACAACCCCUGAUAAGUAAUGCUCGAAGUGACCUCCUUGCUGCCAUCUGGAUGGGAAUUCAGCUGAAAAAGGUGCAGGAGCAACGUGAGCAAGAGGCCACGCAGGAGCCUGUUGGAAACCACAUGGCCACAAUCCUGUCCAGACUCAUUGCUGUAGAGUACAGCGACUCUGAUGACGACUCUGAGUUUGAUGAGAACGACUGGUCUGACUAAGGCCAUACAGGGACAGUGACAGGUGGACCACCAGUACAGUGUGUGUCGAAGUUCACUGGGGAUUUCAGAUGGUUUCAGCACCCAAAUAGUGGUAUUAUAAUCCUGUAGCUUA